UCAGACUUUGCUCUCUCCGAAAACUCUUUCUCUCUUUCUAAACUUUGGAAUGGCACCCAGGGCUGAGAAAAAGCCAGCGGAGAAGAAACCGGCGGAGGAUAAGAAAACCCCGGUGGCCGAGAAAUCCCCAGCGGCGGAGAAGAAGCCGAAGGCGGGGAAGAAACUCACCAAAGACGGCGGCGCCGCUGCCGGCGACAAGAAGAAGAAGCGGACUAAAAAGAGCACUGAAACAUAUAAGAUCUACAUCUUCAAGGUCCUCAAGCAGGUCCACCCAGACAUCGGUAUAUCCAGCAAGGCCAUGGGGAUAAUGAACAGCUUCAUCAACGAUAUAUUCGAGAAGCUCGCUCAGGAGUCAUCUCGGCUCGCUCGCUACAACAAGAAGCCCACCAUCACCUCUCGCGAGAUUCAGACCGCUGUAAGGUUAGUGCUUCCUGGUGAAUUAGCCAAGCACGCGGUGUCUGAGGGGACUAAGGCGGUCACGAAGUUCACGAGAUGUUCCGUUUUCCUCUGUAGAAAUCUACUUGACAAAAUCCCUUCUGCUUCACUAAUGCUCGAGAAGGUAGAACAAGAAGCUGGAGAAACUCAAAACAGUUGGGUUGUUGUGAGUUCAAGUAAUGCCAUCUUGCUCCUCUUUUUAGAAGGUGCAGUUUAUUUUGUUUUAGUGAGCAGAAUGACUUACAUAUGGAAACUGGCUUUGGAUUGUGCAUUGUGUCCCCCAUUUCUUGACAUCGAUGUUUCGGAAAUUGAGAUCAACGAAUGGUUUGUCAUUCAGCAUCGGAUAUAUGUAGUGGUGAACCCCUUCUCUUCAUCUUCCCCGCACUCUAUCCUCCUCAAAAAACCCAACCUCAGAACCACCGCAACAACCCAAUUCACCACCUUUCCAAUCAACCCAUCUCGCGCUGCCACCACCACCACCCACAAACCCAUAUCAAUCACUUGUUCAACCACCAGCCCACUCCAAGAUCGCCCCGCCGCCACCUCCCAAUCCUCAGAUCGCGUCUUAAAUUUUGCCACCGGCCUCGUCACACUCCCCGAAAUUGUCCUCAAGAAAGCUGAAUCUGAGCUCUACAACUGGCGUGGCUUGGGUAUGUCCGUCAUGGAGAUGAGCCACAGAGGCAAGGAAUUUCUCUCUAUAAUUCAGAAAGUGGAGUCAGAUCUGCAUGCCCUUCUUGAUAUUCCGUCUGAAUACGCCGUGCUCUUCCACCAAGGUGGCGCCACGGCCCAAUUUGCAUAUGUCUCAUUGAAUCUUUGCAACCCCGAUGAUCCGGUUGAUUAUAUUGUCACCGGUUCUUUGGGCGAUAAGGCUUUCAAGGAAGCGACCAAAUUCUGCAAACCCACUGUGAUUUGGUCAGGUAAAUCAGAGAAAUAUACAAAGAUUCCUGAUUUCGAUGCCUUGGAACAAGACCCAUCUGCCAAGUAUUUGCAUAUAUGCGCAAAUGAGACCAUUCACAGGGUUGAAUUCAAGAACUAUCCAAUCCCCAAGAGCAAAGAUGCAAUUUUGAUUGCUGAUAUGUCGUCGAAUUUUUGUUCAAAGCCAGUGGAUAAUGCAGCUUUUGACUUUUUAUUAACUGCCUUUCAUUGCAGACAUUUGGAAGACAAUCAAUUCAGUGGGGAGAUUCCUCAAUCACUUGCAAACGUUGACAGCUUCCGCGAACUACAUUUGGAAGACAAUCAAUUCAGUGGGGAGAUUCUUCAAUCACUUGCAAACGUUGACAGCUUCCGCGAACUGGGCGGUGGUAGAAGUGGCUAUGGUGGUGGUGGUGGAUGCCGAGAUAAUUAUAGAGACAGUGGAGGUUCCAGCCCAGAUAGGCAUUAUCACAGUGGAAACCGUUCGCGCCCAUAUUGA